GGGAGAAGGCGGAACGAGGAAAGUGGGAGAAACAAAAGGAGGCACGUCACGUAGAGACGCACAUGUGUGAUGAGACCACGCAGGGACAGUGACAGGCGCAGAUUCGCAUUCGAAUCAUAUUCCAACUCAGCGCAGUCCGAAUCGCCGCGUCGAAGGCCGAAGGUGUGGGCUCUGAUGGCGGGGCAAUCGCGGAAGUGGAUGAUCCUGGUGGUCACCAUUUGGAUUCAGGCCUUCACGGGCACCAAUUUCAAUUUCUCGCAAUACUCGUCGUCGCUGAAAUCCACGCUCAACGUGUCGCAGGUGCAAUUGAACUACCUCGCCACCGCCAACGACAUGGGCAAGGUUUUCGGCUGGUCCUCGGGUCUCGCUCUCAUGCACCUUCCUCUCUCCCUUGUUCUGUUCCUCGCUGCUUUCAUGGGAUUCUUCGGCUACGGCCUCCAGUGGCUCCUCAUCAACGGUGUCAUCGAUUUGCCUUAUUUUCUGGUCUUUCUUUUGUGCCUUUUAGGUGGUUGUAGCAUAUGUUGGUUCAACACAGUAUGUUUUGUUCUCUGCAUUAGGAAUUUUCCUGUUAACCGAGCCCUUGCAUUAUCGCUCACUGUGAGUUUCAAUGGCAUUAGUGCAGCACUCUACACCCUUGCUGCCAAUUCAAUUGACCCUUCAUCUGAUUCACUGUAUCUGCUUUUGAAUGCUCUUGUUCCCCUUCUCAUUUGCAUUGCAGCACUUGUUCCUAUUCUUCGCCAACCGGCUCUAGACCCUCUCCCUCCUGAUGCAGUGAACCGGGACUCAGUAAUAUUUCUAAUAUUGAACUUCUUAGCCAUUUUAACUGGCCUUUAUCUUCUCCUGUUUGGCUCAUCUGCUUCUGGUGUGACUUCUGCUCGGCUCUAUUUUUGUGGAGCUAUUCUUCUCCUCAUCUUCCCAUUAUGUAUUCCUGGCAUUGUAUAUGCUCGUGCUUGGUUUCGCCGUACCAUCCAUUCCAGCUUCCGGAUGGAAAGUGCUAGCUUCAUUCUUGUUCAUGAUGAUGAUCUUGAGAUGCAUAAAGAGCUCCAUAGCCGUCAAAAUAGUAUUGUUAGCAAUGGAGAUACUUACGGCCUGCUAAGUGACAAUGGACACUUGUUUGGAAGUCAGAAGGAAAAAGAUAGCGAUUUGUGUUGUGAGAGGGUGAUUGGCCAGGAUCAGUUAGCAGUGCUAGGAGAAGAGCACCCAGCUGCAGUAAUUGUCCGCAGAUUGGAUUUUUGGCUAUACUAUAUUACAUACUUCUGUGGAGGUACAAUUGGUCUAGUCUAUAGCAAUAAUCUGGGACAGAUUGCUCAAUCUCUGGGCAAGAGUUCAAAUACUUCUACACUUGUUACACUCUAUGCAUCCUUUUCCUUUUUUGGUCGCUUGCUUUCAGCUGCACCAGAUUACAUUCGAAAUAAACUCUAUUUUGCAAGGACUGGUUGGCUAUCAGUCGCACUUAUACCAACCCCAAUUGCCUUCUUCUUCCUUGCUGCAUCAGACAGUCUUCUGGCACUGCAGACAGGCACUGCACUGAUUGGAUUGAGUUCUGGUUUUAUAUUUGCAGCUGCUGUGUCGGUUACAUCUGAGCUGUUUGGACCCAACAGUGUGGGCGUCAAUCACAACAUUCUCAUAACAAAUAUCCCUAUUGGAUCUCUGCUCUAUGGUUUUCUUGCUGCACUAGUUUAUGAUGCUAAUGCAGACUCGACACCAGGAAACUUAAUAAUGUCUGACUCGGUCGUGUGUAUGGGAAGGGGGUGCUACUUCUGGACAUUUGUCUGGUGGGGAUGCAUAUCUGUCAUGGGACUAGGUUCAAGUGUGUUAUUAUUCUUAAGAACCAGGCAUGCAUAUCAUCAUUUUGAGAAACACCGUAUUUCAACACAAUCGAUUGUGUCAUAAUUUUUGUCAUUGAUGGGCCUUGAAGAUCAUGGUGUGUCUGAAUUCAUUUGUACAGUAGCAGAAGCUUCACGUGUAUAUGGACAAAUAUGCAUUGGGAGGUUGAGAUUAGAGGAGCAGAGUUAAAGCUAGGUUGAUUCUUCAGGAACAUAUGUAUGGUAGUGUUAUAUUGUAGAGAAGAAUUGAAGAUUCAGAAGCAAGAGGAUAAGGAUUUUGUUUAACUCUUUCAAAGUGCACAAAAAAAUGAGAAAAAAAAACAGGGUAUAGAAGUAAUCUCAGGAACUACACAUCAAUAAACAUAAUGACAUCUGAACCUUCCUGAAGUUUUGCCUGUCUUGCAAAUUCUGAUUACUCAUCAUGCUAAACUUAGAAUCCUAACACAUGUAUUUGUAAAUUUUCCCUCUCUUUCCAUCAUCUUUAUCAUGUUCUGAAUCAUUGGCGUGAGCUUUGUUGAGACCAUAGAAAUAAAGUGUCUGUUUAUUUUAA